CGCUGCCGCAACGGUUGUCAAACUUCUAGCGCUCUUUUUGUGCUUGCUUGCGAGGUUAAACGAAAUUUGCACAGCGUUUUGCGAAAAAAGUACAGUGCUUAACUUGAACUAAAUUAUAAUUUCAAAAAAUUCGAUUUGCUAAUUAUGGCAAUGGCUAACUUUAACUUUGCCAGCAUGGCGGCUAAAGAGAGUGUCGAGCAAGGCAUCUCGUUCCAAGAUAAAGCGGAAACCUGGAACACAGCCGUAGAUGUCAAGGCGGUGGUUGAUGAGCUAAACUCAAAGACGCCGGUGCACUUCCUCAACUUGGAUGGCAACACACUCGGAGUUGAGGCUGCCGAAGCCAUUGGCGAGGCCCUCAAACGGCAUCCGGAAUUUCGCAAAGCCUUAUGGAAGAAUCUCUUCACACGCCGUCUCAAAUCCGAAAUCCCUUUGGCACUGCAGCAUCUGGGCGCUGGUCUGAUUGCCGCCGGCGCGAAGUUGACAGUGCUUGAUUUGAGCGAUAAUGCACUUGGACCCAAUGGAAUGCGGGGAUUGGAGGAAUUUUUGCGCUCACCUGUCUUAUAUUCGCUACAGGAGCUGUACCUAAACAACUGUGGCCUGGGACCUGAGGGUGGCAGAAUGCUAGCUACAGCAUUGAUUGAUCUCUACGAGAAUGCCAAGGCAGCGGGAUCGCCAUUGCAGCUGCGCAUCUUUGUGGCCGGACGCAAUCGAUUGGAGAAUGUGGGCGCCAAAGCGCUGUCAUUAACGCUGAAGACAUUACAAACGCUGGAGGAGAUUAGCAUGCCACAGAAUUCCAUCUACCAUGUAGGCAUCAGUGCUUUGGCCGAGGGCUUCAAAAUGAAUCCACACUUGCGAUUGCUCAACAUGAACGACAAUACGGUGACCGCCAAGGGCUCUGCCAAGAUUGCCGAGGUCUUUGAGCAUACGCCACUCUUGCGUGAGAUCAAUUUUGGCGAUUGCCUGUUGAAAACCGAUGGCGCCUAUAUGUUUGCCGAGGCCUUGGAAAGGAAUCAUGUUAAUUUGGAAGUGCUCGAUUUAAGUUACAAUGAGAUCAAUGACGAUGCUGGUCUCAUGAUUAUAACCGCCAUACAGAACAAGCCAAAUCUAAAGAAAUUAUACUUGGAUGGAAAUACAUUUGGUCGCGAGGGUUGUGCACAAAUCAUUGCGCAAAUGGCGCACAGCUUGAAUCCUAAUGCAUUGAUGCCCUUCGAAGAGGAUGUGUCGGCGGAGGAGGGCGACGAGAGUGGCCAAGACGAUGAACAGGACGAUGACAAUGAUACCGCUGAGUACGCGGACGAUGAUUAUGAUGAAAAUGAGGAGGACGAAUAUGAUCCAAAUGAUACUACCGAAGAGGUCGACGAAGAGGAGGAUGAGGAGGAAUACGGCAAAGACAAUUCCGCUGAAGAGACAGCAUACGUGACCACAAAUAACUUUCCUCCAAAGCUAUUUAAUGACACCGUCGGAACCGGCAACAAUACAUUUGCUUUUGGCAAUAAUGGUAACACUAUUGCCGCCAAUACUAGCUGCACACCAGCUGAGUUCUGCUUGAGUCAAACACCCUGUUCUCUGCAGCAGUUCAAUUCUCUGGAAGCUGAUAAACUGCUCUCGCUGAAUAAUAUAAUUAAUCAAUUCAACGGCGAUGAUCAUUUGUUGCUACUGGUCUUCACGACACUGAAGUGCGCACAUCUGUCGAAGACCUCAAAACCUGCACUGGAUCUGGCCAUUUCACUGUAUCAGGCCACUUUUGAUUAUGCCAUCCAAACGAAUCAAGAGACUCGAGUAUUGGAUUAUGUUCUAAAGCAGCUUGGCUUGCUGCGAAGUGAGGAGCACUUCAAAACGGACUAUGAUGUUAAAAGCUGUCGCUAUGCUUUGCGCGAAGCUCUGGAAAAACAACAGUUUGCCAAUGAUAAUAUUAAAAAUACAUUUAAACUAUUUCUUGAAAAACUUGAUGUGUAACUAGAUUCCUAACGUCAUGUUUGCCAAUUCGUAUUUAGGAUAUUGUUGUCCUACUAAAUAAAUUUUGCAUAAAAAUUAUAAAUAAA